AUGGAAAAAGACAUGGUAAGAGAACUGCGGAAAAUCGCACACGAAUCUCCAUUGAACGUUAGCGUAUUCCAUCCAUACUUCGUAUUUUUCGAUCAGUUUGAACUCGUUAGGCCCACGUCGAUCCAGUCUAUGGUGGUGGGCGGGGCUACGAUGAUGCUGAUCUCUUUCCUGUUCAUACCGAAUGUGCUGUGCUCCCUGUGGUGGCCUUCUCCAUCGUGUCCAUCGAGCUUGGCGUGGUCGGCUACAUGGCCCUAUGGGGCGUCAACCUGGACACGAUAUCCAUGGUGA